AUGGCUUCGUACGAUCUUGGUGUAAUGUGCCGCCAUCAAAUUAGAAUUGUAUCGAUUCAUCCAUACAUGUCUUAUACUGAAAUUAUCGAGCUUGUAGCCUCAAAUUUUAAUAUUAAAGUAAACUCAUUUGAAUUGCAAGUUUAUGAUGAGCGAUUUCAAGCAUAUGUCGAUUUUGAUGAGGAAUGUGCUCAAAGACUUCGACAAGUAUUACCUCGAACAGAAAAAAAAACACUUCCUGCAGAAGUUUUAUUUCAAGAAACCAGCGAAGCAGAGCCCGAAUUUUCUGACUUUCAAAAUGUUCUAUCACCAUCGUGUACAUCGGCUAACAGUCCGAAUGAUAUGUCUGUAUCCGAAAAUCCCAGAUCAAUAACGCCAACUCUUGACAUGAAUCUAUGUUUUCAUGAUGCUUCUUCAUCUUCACCCAAUGAUAUUCAUUCAAAUUCUUCUGAUGAUUCUAACACAACAUUCCACAUAGUUUUUGUACGUGAUGUUGCUCCUUACCAAAGAACCCAAUAUCAACUGGGCGAUUGUCAUCGAGAUGCUGUAGAUAUGUGUACUAAAAAGAAAAAGUGCAUCACACGCAUACAAGGUGUUAAAUACGACCAUGAUAACAAAUAUGCUAGUAUUUUGCCGGAAAUUAAAUUUCCAUCGCAUGUUUUGCAACAAGAUCAAAUAACACUUGUCAUCGGUGCUGUUAACGAAGAAUACCAGAAAGAACAAGUAAUUUGGCAUUUAGAUGCGCAAAAAGGUUUUUUACGUGACGAUCUCGACACAGAUACAACAUCGUACAAUCCAAUUUGGCUUAAAAUCGAUCGAUCAACUUUGAUAAACGAUGGCAUUCUCAAAUUACCAUUGAGACUGUGUACUAUUUAUCAAAAACAGGUGAUGCAAGACAAGCUUGUUUUUCACACACUUAGUAUAAGCACUGCUCAAAAGCUUCAUUCAGCUGAUUAUAUACCUAAUACAACAAGACUUGCUUGUGUAAUCGCUGACAGAAAUGGUGCUAUUCAAUGGGAUACAUUCGGAUUGUCUGAUUUUAUGCAUCCAAGAUUCGGAUCAACCUCACAAUAUAUCAUUCAAGAACAAGGUGUUCAUUAUGAUUGUGGUUGUAUUAUUUCACAAAAUGGCGAUUUAUUACAAUUCUUGCAUGCCGAAGGCGCAAACGGAUUAAGUGUACCAUCUGUCUAUGUUGCUUACUUCUCGACAUUUGGUGCAUUGGCAUGGCAUCUUAUAUUAUUUGAAGACUCUGUUCAAAAUUUGUAUGGGCCAAUUCUUGCACCAUCAGCUAUUGAUGAUGAUGAACCAAUUCAUCACCUUGCUGGUGAAAGUACUCGAGCUAAAAUUUGUCAUUUUGUUUGCACCAGAUUACUAUCAACAUUUCACUUUUUGUCAACUAAUUCAAAUCAAAAUGAUGCUUGUAUUAUCUUGACACGUUGUUUUGAACAAAUGGCAUUUCUAACACAAAAUGAAAAUUCAUGGAUUAAAUCUGUAUAUAAAACUAAUGAUGAUGAAAUUAAAGCUGAACAAGAAUAUAAAGAUAGAGUAUUUUAUUUCACUUAUAAUAAGCUGGCUGAAUAUAAAGCGUAUGUCAAUCAAUUAAGUUUACAAUCACAAAUACAAAUGAAUCUACAAAAUUUUAUUGAUCAAAUGCCUAUUAUUGUUCAAUUUACACAUUUUACAACUGAAGUAAAUCGUCUAACAGAUUCACAAAUAUCUCUGAAAAUUUUACAACAUACUCUAACAUCUUUACCAUUUUUAAAAAUAGCUAAAUUAAUAUAUGAUCUUAGUCAAUUCUAUUGUCUUUUACAUCAAAGUUAUACAAAAUUAAUUGAACGAAAUGAAUUUUCCACAAUAGCAUUACAACAAUUAUAUGAUCGUGGUCAAAUCUAUUACAAUAGUUCUUAUCAACAACAAGAUCAAAAUGACAAUAAAACACAUCGAUCAAUUAUUGAAAAUGGAAUUGAAGCUGUUAAUCUUUAUCAUACAUUUUCUUAUGGUUUGAUUCGACCAGGUGCUUGUGAUGAAACGCAACGUUUUUCAACUAUUGGGUGGGAAACGCCAGUGAAUUAUUUAGUUACAAAUGAAAAUCAUGAUGAAGGCGAUAUUGUCAUGCGUAUAAUCAGUGUCUUAGUUGAUUAUCACAAUAGUUUAUUAGAUUUGAUGGAAAAUGAAUUGAACAAAAAUCAGAAUCAUACUGUUGAUUCUUUGAGAACUUUAAUCAAAGAAUUGACAUCAAAAAAUGUUUCGAUAUUACAAGUGGUAAAUGAUAAUACUGGUGUUAUUCAUUUAAAUGACAGAGAUUGUCUAUGGAUUGACCAGUUAUCACAAGCAAGUCUUAUUUUUAACGAUGAACAAUAUUUCAUAACAUCAGAUUCUCGAUUUACGUUUGAUUUUGUUUAUAUUCAAUCACAGAUUAUUCGAACAUAUCUUCUAUAUUGUCGUAUUAACUAUCGUCAUAUUAUUCAAAAAUAUCAAUGUCAUACAAAUCGAACAAAAACAACAACAACAGAUGAUGAACAUUUAGAUCUCGAUGAAAAAUACUUAGUUCGAUUAAAUGAUGAACAACUUGAAAAGGAAUGGAAUUAUUUAAAAGAUAUUUUAUUAGACAAACUUUAUGAUACUUAUAAACUUCUAAGACAAAUAGCAUUAACAUUAAAAACUCAACAGAAUGAUUUUUCAUCAAAUUAUCUUUUUGAAUUUGUUCGAAUGACUGAUAAAGAUAAUGAUAUUCUUCGACAAUUAGAAAAAUAUGAAAUAAAAGAUUUUCAAUUAUGUUAUAUUGAUCAUGUUAUUGAAAUUUAUGGAGAAUCAGUUAGUGGAUUUCAACAUUUAUUUACAGAUAUGCCACCUUUACUUCGAAUUCAUAUUGAUUCUCAAUUAAAUGAUAAACUUGUUCAAAACCUAAAUGAAAAUAUUAUUAACAUUGACUAUAACAAUAAUGUUGAUAAAAUUCAAACAACGAUACAAACAAUUACAACAUUUCUUAAUGAACUGAAAGAUAUUGAAGAUGAACUUCAACAACAAUCCACACACUCACUAACAGAAACAUGUGGAUUUUUAGCAAUUGAAAAUUCAAUACUUUCAUGGAUACCUGAUAAAAUAAAAUGUGAAAAUUAUGUCGAUGUUUAUAUUCAUUUAAUACGCACAAGAUCAAAACUUCAAGAACAAAAAUUUAAUAUCGAAGAACAAAAAAUGAAAUUAUGGGAUGAAAGUUUUAAUGCAGAUGAAUCACAAGAGAAACAAGGAAGUCGUUUUCAACAAUAUCUAAAUCCACAUUAUGAUAAACAAAAAUCGAACGAAAAUGAAACUACUAAUAAAUCAAACGAUGAUUGGCAACUUCCUGAAAUUGAUACAAACGAAACAACUCCUAAUGUAACGAAUGAACAUAAUUUACAUAAUAAUGAUCCAUAUGUAAAUCAACCACUGCCCAAUUCUAACGAUCUUCCCGAAGAAAAUAUUCAAUAUACAUCUUUAAUGAAAUUAAAUUUCAAAGCAAUUUCAUGUAUAUCAUCAAGCUUGUCUCAACAAAUACAUAAAUAUCGAAAGGAACCAUUGACAGAACCAACGACUGUAACUAGGCCACCAAAAUAUACUAUUAUACAUCCGAAUGGAGAAUCGAAAUCAGCUCUAUGGAAGAGGGAAAAUAUUUGUGAACAAUUUAAAAAAUUAUUCGAUGAUAAAAAAUAUAACUAUGAUUUAUACAUUGUUGUGGAUAAAAAUGAAAUGUUUUUUGAUUUUACAAAGAAUAAUUACCUUUUAGCAGAUCCAUCAAUUUUAGAAUAUCAUAUCAUUGAAAAACAAUUUUUAAUUCAAACUAAAAUUUAUUUUCGAACACAAAUGAAAGAAUAUCUAACUACAUCCAAAUGCAAUGUUUCAACUAUGAUUCAUCAUUUUAUUGAUAAUGAACAACUUAAAUCUUUAUCAACAGAUAUUAUUCUAUGUUUCUUUGACGAAUACGGUAAAUGUAUUAAUGAUGGAAUCAUAAAUGAUCUUUGCAAACCAGAUUGUAAGACAGUUUCAAUUUUUGUGACCGAAGAAACAUCAAAUGGUAACACAUUAUAUGAGCUUGCUUUACAAGAUAAAAAUGGUAAUUAA